AUGGAAGAGCUUCCUGCAUUGGUGGAUUUCCUCAUCGAUGAUCCUGAAGGAGAGCGUCUGUCCGCGGAAAUUGCCGAAGCUGGUUACACGUGGUCAACGCAGGUUCCGAGGAAGAUUAAUAUCUCAAUCCAUCUAUGCCGGCUGUUCAUAGAAUUGGCAGAUCUCUACGACCUGGUUGACCCCGAGAGUGAUGGCUUCAAAUUAGCAAGGGACAGAAUGCUCUAG